GAAAAAGAUCCCCUUGCCCCGGAAUCUAUCCCCCCUAAAGAAAAAUAAUUUCACAGUCCAAAACUUGCCAUUUCUCUCUGUCUCUGCAAAUCCACUCUGUUUCUUAGUUUAUAGUAAUCCCACUAUCCAUGAUCCAAUAUAAUCACAAACUUUCGUGAAAUAUAUAUAUAUAUAUAUAUAUAAAUACAAAGCCUGGAAAAUCAAUUCGUGCUCCAGGAUUUGGAUUUCACAGAGAUGGAGGCGUCACCACCACUCCCAGUGGACUCUCGUCCCAAGCCUGUGUCUCGCCUCAACUCUUACGUGGCGAAUAGCAGAAUAGGCAAACGGUUCAGGCUCUCCGAGCGCAACACCACCUUCACCACUGAGCUGCGGGCCGGCACCGCCACCUUCCUUACCAUGGCUUACAUCUUAGCCGUCAACGCUUCCAUCCUUACCGACUCUGGCGGUACUUGCUCUGUUUCCGAUUGCGUCCCUCUCUGUUCGGACCCCACCAUCUCUGUUUCGAACUGCACUGGGUCGUCUCUCCGCGUCAUUCAGCCUGAUAGUUCCUGUAAAUUUGACCCGGUGAAUCCGGGUUACGCCGCCUGCCUUGAGAAAACUCGCAAAGACUUGAUCGUCGCCACCGCCGCUUCCUCCUUCAUUGGCUGCAUCAUAAUGGGUGCUUUCGCUAACCUUCCUUUGGGUCUCGCACCAGGUAUGGGCACCAACGCUUAUUUCGCAUAUACCGUGGUUGGCUUUCACGGGUCGGGUAAUAUCUCCUACCAGAGUGCCCUCGCCGCCGUCUUCAUCGAAGGCUUGAUCUUCUUGCUCAUCUCCGCAGUCGGGUUGCGUGCCAGACUCGCUAAACUCGUGCCCAAACCCGUCCGGAUCAGCUCCUCCGCCGGAAUCGGACUCUUCCUCGCAUUCAUCGGGUUUCAGAACAAUCAAGGAAUCGGCUUAAUCGGGUACAGCCCGUCUACCCUUCUCACCCUCGGUGGCUGCCCCGAUUCCUCCCGGGCUUCCCUCGCACCGGUCAUAACCGCCGGUAAUGGCACCAUUAGCUUGCUCCCGGGUGGGACCGUCUCUGGCGAUAUCCUAUGCCUGCGAGAUAGAAUGGAAAGCCCGACAUUAUGGCUCGGUGUGGUGGGCUUCAUUAUCAUCGCUUACUGUCUGGUGAAAAACAUCAAGGGCGCAAUGAUCUACGGCAUCUUGUUCGUCACCGCCGUGUCGUGGUUCCGCAACACAAAAGUCACGGCGUUCCCGAACACUGUCUCCGGCAACUCGGCCCACGAGUAUUUCAAGAAAGUGGUGGACGUGCACACUAUAAAGAGCACAGCCGGUGCGUUGAGCUUCAAGGAUAUAGGCAAAGGGUAUUUCUGGGAAGCUCUAGUGACCUUCCUCUACGUAGAUAUUCUCGACACGACGGGCACGCUGUAUUCCAUGGCCCGAUUCGCCGGCUUCUCGGACGAGAAAGGGGGCUUCGAGGGUCAGUACUUCGCCUUCAUGUCGGACGCCACGUCGAUCGUGGUGGGGUCCCUGCUGGGCACGUCACCAGUAACGGCGUUCAUAGAGUCGUCAACGGGGAUACGCGAAGGAGGCAGGACGGGGAUAACAGCCCUGACAGUGGCGGCGUAUUUCUUCAUGGCCCUGUUCUUCACACCGUUGCUAGCGUCGAUACCGGCGUGGGCGGUGGGGCCGCCGCUGAUCCUGGUGGGGGUGCUGAUGAUGAGGUCGGUGGUGGAGAUCAAAUGGGACGACAUGAAGCAGGCGAUACCAGCGUUCAUGACGUUGAUUCUGAUGCCGCUGACGUAUUCAAUAGCCUAUGGACUGAUCGGAGGGAUUGGGACGUUCAUGGUGCUGAACCUGUGGGACUGGGGAGAAGAAGUUUUGAGGAAGAUGGGCGUCCUGAAAAGUAGGGAAGCCUCCUCUGCUUCUGGGGUCGUAGCCACCAAUGGGCUUCAUCAACAUAGUCAUCAUCUUCCUCAUAAUGAUGCUGUCCCAAAGGCAUUACAGGUACAGGUUUAGGGCAGUGCCCUACGACGACGACGACAACAUUGUGUACCUUUUUCUUUCUUUGUUUCUUAAAUUGUUGGCUCAUGCAUAAAUUUCACCCACAUUUUAUUUUGAUUUUCUUUUUCUUUUUCUUUUUCUUGCCCCCUUUGGUUAGGAGUGUAAGUAAAUAUGGAUACUUCUUUUUUUGGGCCAAAAACUGUUCAUCAAGUUCUAGCUGGCAAAAGAUGGGGAAAAUUAAUAUAUACA